AUGUUCAAUUUGAUGGUAGUGUUCUUCCUUCUCAGCAUUCCACUUGCCACGACCAAUUUUGUUGAUCCCAGAUGCUUCUGGAGAGCAAAUUUGAAUGAAGUCGACGACAGAGACUUGUGGGCAACUUGUUCCUACUUCAUUGGGGCAGUUAAGAUGCCUAAUGAGAAAGAUUAUUUCCACCAGACUCUGAAUAUCCUAAAAACACCUAAGAACCACAAGUAUGCAUUCGCAUUGGCCUUUUCAAUGGAUGAAAUCAACAGGAAUCCUGAUCUUUUAUCAAAUAUGUCUUUGAUUAUAAAAUAUGCUUUGGGCCAUUGUGGUGGAAACACUGUAACUCCUACAACCUAUUUCUUUCAAGAAAGCCUAUAUCUCCCUAUCCCUAAUUAUUUUUGUAAUGGAGAGAGUACAUGUUUGUUUUUGCUAACAGGACCCUAUUGGUUGAUAUCUUUUAUUUUUUGGAAGUACCUGGACAACAUGCUAUCUCCACUUUUCCUUCAGCUUACCUAUGGACCCUUCUGUUCCNUCUUNAGNGAUAAUGAACAAUUUCCCUAUCUCUAUCAGAUGGCCCCAAAGGACUCACAUCUAGCAUUGGCAAUGAUAUCCUUCAUAGUUUACUUCAACUGGAAUUGGGNUGAUGAAGAACAAGGCAAUCAAUUUCUCUCAGAAUUGAAAAAAGAAAGUGAAAACAAGAAAAUUUGCUUUGCCUUUGUGAACAUAUUUUUCGAUGAGAAGUUAUUUGAUCAUAAAACUGAAAUGUACUAUAAAUAAAUUGUGAUGUCAUCCACAAAUGUUAUUAUCAUUUAUGGGGAAAGAGAGGGUAUUAUUGAAUUUGGCUUCAGAAUGUGGGAAUCUCCAGUUAUACAGAGAAUAUGGGUCACCACAAAACAAUGGAAUUUACCUACCAGUAAGAGAGACUCAACUCGUGGCACAUUCUAUGGGACGCUUACUUUUCUACACCACCAUGGUGAGGUUUCUGGCUUUAAAAAUUUUGUACAAACAUGGUACAAUCUCAGAAAUACAGAUUUAUAUCAAGGAAUGCCAGAGUGGAAAUAUUUUAACUACGAAACCUCAGUAUCUAAUUGUAAAAUCCUGAAGAACUACUCAUCCAAUACCUCAUUGGAAUGGCUAAUGGAACAGACGGUUGACAUGUCCUUUAGUGAUGUUACCCAUAACAUAUACAAUGCUGUGUAUGCCAUGGCCCAUGCAUUCCAUGAGAUGAAUCUGCAACAGGUGGAUAGUCAGGAAAUAGACAAUGGGAAAGGAGCUAGUUCUCACUGCUUGAAG